GGCGCGCAGUCCUUGUCAGGCUUUUACUACCUCCACCAACAAAAUCGGUAGACAUGUUUGCUGGUACGAGAGGCUUGCGACUCUGCUCGUUCUCCCGCAUGUACUCUUCUGUGCCUCCCAAGAAGAGCCUGAAGGAGCUUGUGGUGAAACUCCGAAGCCAUGUGGAUGUAUCGCCCAUCCAAGCUGGGCAGGCUCUCAAAGCCUCUGACAUGGACAUUUCAAAGGCUGUCGCAUGGCUGGAGAAGCACCUCGCGGAGUCUGCUGCUAAAAAAGCCGCGAAAGUGGAGGGGAGAAGCACGAACGAGGGGAUGAUCGGCACGGUGGUGCUGUCCGGCGGCGCCGCCAGCGGAGGACAGGGAGGGGUGCGAGCAGCUAUGGUCGAGCUCAACUGCGAGACUGACUUCGUUGCGCGUAAUGAUCUCUUCGCCAACUUGCUCGACGACAUCGCUCACACUGCCGCGUUCAUCUCGGAGCCUGUCAAUUCGGACAAGUUCAUGCAACCUUUCUCUCUAGGCAUCUUACAGAACUCCCCGCUCCUCUCUCGGUCCGAUCCACAACAGAACAGUGACGCCACCGUGUCAGAUGCAAUGCGCGACCUGACCGGCCGAGUUGGCGAGAAGAUCUCCCUCCGACGAGCGCUCACGGUUGUCCGAGAUCCCUUCCCUCCUACGCAACAUGACAUUGCUGUAAAAGUCGCGUCGCGUGUUCAUCAAUCUGUCCGAAACCCGAAACAAGGCCGCAUAGGUGCCUUGGCUCUCCUUGCUUUGAAGUCUCCUAGACUGUCAGAGAUUAUUGCCUUGCAGUCCUUCCAAGACGAGCUGGAAAAGCUAUGUGGGGCGCUGGGGCGACAGAUUAUUGGUUUUCCGACGACCUCUGUCCGAUUAUCGCCGGGUAGCCAGGAUGAUGGUGCCUUAUAUGAGCAGCCAUUCAACAUGUAUAAUGGUCCCGGCAACGACCAACCUGUACAAGUCUUCCUUCGCAAUUGGUCGCGAGAACAAGGGUUACUUGAAGGAGCCGAGGAGGAUACCGCGGGUUUAGAAGUGCUUGAAUUUGCCAAGUGGACCGUUGGAGAAGCGCUUUCACAUUAAUUGGACAUCAAGUCUCACUACCACCGCUCCGUACAUACAUGUAUCAAUAGAGUUGCGACUAUACAUUACCCUCGUGUCGUGCAAUGAUAACGAGAUAGGCAAUAGCAUCAGCUUCAGCUCUGACUCGGGAGCGUUAAUACAGAC